ACCGAUCACCCUCGACCACCAUCUUGACCUCUGGUAAACGUUCUGGACGCCUCUCAGUUAUUGUAGACCCGGAAGUAUAUCUGGAAUGCUUUGAAACAAGCGAAGAUUCACUUGACAUUUGACUGACCCACCAAAUGUUCGUUCUCUCCAUCAUCAAAGACACUGUUGCAGUUCAUCCUCAGCACUUUGCACUCCCACCAGAACAGGCUAUUACUAAUGAGCUGAACAAGAAGUAUGCAAACAGGGUGCUGCAUGAUGUAGGCUUGUGCAUAUGCGUAUUUGAUAUAUCCGAGGCUGGGGAGGGGAAAAUACGAUAUGGUGAUGGGUUUUUGUGGUACAAAGUCGUCUUUCGGCUUGUGGUAUUCCGACCGUUCGCCUCUGAAGUUAUAUUGGCGAAAGUAAAAUCUUCCGAUGAAGAUGGAAUACGACUCUCUAUGGGCUUCUUUGACGAUAUUUACGUUCCACUCAUGUGGUUACCAGAACCAUCCGCGUUCGACCCAAAUGAACGUGCCUAUUUUUGGCUGCCGGGUUCCGAAGCAAAAACAGCACAUGAACUUCUCGACUCCCCGACUUCGGAGCGCAUGUAUAUCGACACUGGCGAGAUUGUACGAGUCCGUGUAGAAGCGGAUGAGUUCUACGACGACGAGCCUGGCCCGCCCAAAGCGACAGAAGGUGUGCAACAAGUACAACUUGAGAAUCGAAGGCCGCCCUAUACAAUCACUUGUUCUAUUUCAGAACAAGGUCUGGGUCCUGUGUCAUGGUGGAAAGAUGCGGGUGUCGAGGCCAUGGACGAGGGAUAGUGAGGCUAUGCAAUUACGGUUUGAAUCAUACUCUUGUCUUCUAUGAUGCUCAGUGCGUCUGCUCAGGUCUGAAAAGGAAUCACCCCAAACUCAAAUCUUCUCUGAUUGUGUUUGCUACACACAGGUAGAAGUAAAUGAUAAAUACUAAGAUAAAUACACCUCACAUCGUCGCAGUCGACAGUCAGGACGUCAAUAGAUGAAUAUAAUGUACAUCAUCAAAUGCC